AUGAAGAGCCACAGAUCGCUCGGCAUCGUCAUCAAACUUGGAACAUCUUCCAUAGUAGACGAGAAGACCCACCAGCCUCUCCUCUCCAACCUCUCGCUCAUAGUUGAGACGGCACACAAGCUGCGCGAGGAUGGUCACCGCGUCGUCAUCGUCUCGUCCGGCGCCAUCGGUGUGGGCCUGCGCCGCAUGGAGAAGGAGAAGCGGCCCAAGCACCUCGCCCAGCUCCAGGCGCUCGCUGCCAUAGGGCAGUGCCGGCUCAUGAACAUCUGGGACAGCCUGUUCAACCACCUCAAGCAGCCUGUGGCGCAGAUCCUACUCACCAGGAACGAUAUAGCAGAUCGUUCAAGGUAUCUCAAUGCACAAAGGACCUUUAACGAGCUGUUAGACAUGGGUGUCAUUCCCAUUGUGAAUGAGAAUGACACCCUCGCCGUCUCUGAAAUCAAAUUCGGCGACAACGACACGCUGUCGGCCAUAACGGCAGCCAUGGUCCAUGCGGAUCUUCUAUUCCUCAUGACGGACGUGGACUGCCUAUAUGACAAGAAUCCACGUACACAUCCUGAUGCCCAGCCUAUCGAGGUCGUGGAGGACAUAGGGGCUCUACAGGCUGACGUCUCAUCAGCCGGCUCCUCUCUCGGGACAGGUGGCAUGUCAACCAAGAUCGUCGCCGCCCGCCUAGCCACUUCAGCAGGCGUCACAACGGUCAUCACACGCGCCUCGAAUCCAGGCAAUAUCAGCAGGAUCGCGCAGCACAUCCAGGCCAGCCGGUCCCCCGCCUCCCUUCUCACAAGAGAGAAUGGCGAUGUCAAUGCCGCCGCCGACGACACAGAGGAUCCCCUGGCGAGGUCGACCGCUUCGUUGCAGAGCCUCGACGUGGCGGCGCGGCCGCAGAAGCAGUCGCAGACGGUGCCCUUGCACACACGUUUCCUGCCUUCGCCGCAGCCCAUACGUGACAGAUCAUUCUGGAUUCUCCACGGGCUAAAGCCCCAUGGCGACGUUUACAUUGACCAGGGCUGCUACAAGGCGCUGCUUAACAAGGCUGGCCUACUGCCUGUGGGCGUGGUGGACCUCGACGGGACCUUCUCGGGCCACGAGUGCGUGCGGCUGCUGGUCGUGGAGAGGAACAACACAACAACGGGUGCGAGUGCGGACGGGAAGCUGUGGCAUGGCGAGCCGCUGGACGUCGGCCGGGCCAUCGUCAAUUUUUCGUCUGCCGAGAUCAUCCGGAUCAAGGGACACCAGAGCAAGGAGAUUGAAGGGCUGCUGGGCUAUGCUGACAGUGGGUACGUGGCAGAGCGGGAGCACGUCACCUUCUUCAGGAGGGAGAGCAGACCGCAGACGCCCACGCCCAUGGGGCCUGGCACGGCGACGCCCGUGGUUGGUGUCGCCGAGUAUGAGUCCAAGGGCGCAGUACCUUAG